AUGCCGUCAGAGCUCUCAAACAUAUCGACGCCCCCGGCAUGCAUUGCAGACUUCUGUCUGAUUCCUAUCGGAACGCCAAGUGCCUCGGUGUCAAAGGAGGUCGCGGAAGUCCAGCGAAUUUUGAAGAGAUCUGGUCUGACGUACUCGAUGCACUCAGCUGGUACAACUCUCGAAGGGUCGUGGGAUGAAGUGACGAAGACUAUCGGUCAAUGCCACGCCCUUCUACACGCCAACGGCGUCGUCCGGAUUCAGAGCGAUAUACGAAUCGGAACGAGGAUCGAUAAGAAGCAAACCUUUGAUGACAAAGUUGCAGCUGUCCGCAAGAUCCUGGAAAGCGACGAGAAAACCGUAGGGGAAGCAUGA